AUGACAAUUAAAUAUCGUUUCUCGGACAUGGAACAACAUAAAGAGUCGCAAUCACACCCCAACUACUUAUGUACAUUUCAUGAAAUCUGUUUUGGUAUGCCAGCAUUGUUUGCAGAAUAUUUACAUUUUAAAACUUCUCAGUUGUUCCUGUUGUCAUAUCAGAUUUCAUCCGAAAAAAGCGUUUUUGCAUUCAUUUAUGUGUCGUCUCGUGUCGCUUUGUUGCGUCUGAGUCAAUAUCAGAAUGAAGCAAUUGUCUACCGAUGCUUCCACUUGUUUCGUCCACAAAUUUUAAGCCAUUGA